CGCGUGCAUUAGAAAAGGACGGGCUUAAUCUGGGAAUAAAACUGGAGUUGCGUAAUUGUGGUUGCGAUCGCUUAUAGGACUGCACAUCCCUAGAAUCACUUUCAUAUUGAUUUCAUAGGACUGUUAGUGGUCGGAGAUGCAGUGAACAGGAGAUAUUUUUUAAAUUUCAUAUCUCCGAAUAGUUGCAUUAUGGGUCUGCAGACUGUGUUCCGCGGGGUGAUCAUGGGGGCCCCGGGCUCCGGGAAGGGGACCGUUUCUGCUCGGAUAGCGCAGAGUUUCGGUCUCAAGCAUCUCUCCAGUGGGGACUUGCUGCGGGCCAAUAUCGAGGCGAAGACAGAUUUGGGUCUUCUGAUGAAGUCGUGUAUCGAUCAGGGUCAGCUGGUUCCUGAUGAUGUCAUCUCGCGUCUCAUCUUGUCCAGUCUGAGGGAAAUCGAGAGGACCAGCUGGCUGCUGGACGGGUUUCCUCGCACCGUGGCUCAGGCCGAGGCCCUGGACGCCGUGUGUGAUGUGGACUCUGUUUUAAACCUGGACGUCCCUUUCCAGACCAUCAGAGAGCGCCUGACGUCCCGCUGGGUGCACCUUCCUAGCGGCAGGGUCUAUAAUAUAGACUUCAACCCGCCCAAGAAGCCGGGUCUUGAUGAUGUCACUGGAGAACCGCUGGUCCAGAGAGACGACGACAGUCCCGAAACCGUGUCCAGAAGACUGAAGGACUAUGAGAGACAGACACAACCGGUUCUAGAGUACUACAGGAGUAAAGGAGUGUUGGAGACAUUCACAGGAACUGAAACCAACAAGAUAUGGCCUCACGUUCAAGCCUUCCUGACCAGGAAAAUCCCAGGAAUCCAGCAGGCAAUGGGAAAAGCCUGAUUCUACAAUAAAAACAAGGACUUUUACAACACCUGAAGAAGCACAACGCACCUCUGUGGCCUCGUAUUUACACGCUGAAGCCUUUAGUGUCACAGCUGGUUUAUGACAAGUAAGUGGCAAACUAAAGGUUUAUGUUCAAAUUAGUCUUCUGUACACUAGCAUAGCGCUGCCAUCUUAAGCAAACAAACUAGCUUCGAGUGUUAUAGGCAUGCUAAUAGUCGACUUAGCCUCUUAGCAGAAGUUGCUACAACAACAAUCUCAUACUGGAGAAGUAUUUAUGAAGUUCUCGGAUGAAUGCAGUGCAAAAAUAUGAUUCAAACCUGAUUUUUCAAACCAGUACCGCACAUUUUGUGUGAACCACUGUGGCCUUUAUUCGCAAAAACAAUCUAAUUUUGAGUGAUGAUUACGUAGCAAUGUUUAAUUGUAGAUUGAAUGAAUAGUAUUAACAGAGUCAAUAUUUUUUCAAGAAAAUAAUGUUAUUUUUAAUUAAGAAAUGUUAUUGAUACAGUAAUCAUUAAGGGAAAGAAAUUCUGUGUGAUCAAAAUGCUGUUUUAUAAGUCCUUUUGUAUUGAUGAUAAAACACUAUUGUGUGGUUACGGAGUCCCAGCCCACAUAUUAAGUGCAAAUCAUUAACUGUAAAACAGUUUGUGAAUCACUGUAGAAAUUGUCGUGACUGAAAACCCUGCUAUUGAAUAAUGGAUAAAUUAUUAAAUGUAAUGUACUGAAUGUGAUUUUAGAAAGCGGACAUUUGAAACAACUGCAAUAAACAGUGAAGCUAGAAUAUUUUAGUUUGUUUUGGUAGUGAAGCUCUAGAUUUUUUACAUUAUACAUUUUGUAAGAGAGAUAAUAACAAUAAAAAGUAAAGUAAACAUCCUUCUUAUCAACAUCACUAGUAAUUAUCCAGUAUUUUCUCAAUCAAUCUGAUCUCCCACGUUCGUUACAUUUUAUGACCAAUAUUUUAUGGUCCUUUUGUUAAGUAGACGUGCUAAAAGAAGCACGUAUUGUAUAUUUUAUCCUACUUUCACUGCAAGACCCACUAACCUCGCAGUCCUUCAAAAAAAAAAAAAAA